AAAAUGAGUCAAAAAAAGCAAUUCUCAAUUAUUUAAUUCAAUCUUUGCAAGUCAGCUAGUCGGUCGUUAGUGUACCCGAUCAUAACCGAUAUCAUUCCAUUAUCUUCAUCAUGCAUCGACUGCGUCUCCCCACCAUGCCCAAAACAUGCAUCCGUCCACAGCUGCAAACCCGCCUAAUCAACACCCCCUCACAACCCAAGCCAACCCCCGCACGCUCCCACCAGAAACCUCAGCAAGAUGACUUGCGCAUUCUCCCCGCGACACCCAGUGAUAGCCCCGCUAUCGCAGAUGUCUUCCUGCAUGCUUUUUCCGACCCGUUCAGUCGACGCAUGUUUCCCAUCACCGAGGAUGUGCGCAGUUUCUGGGUAGACCAGUUCAAGCACGAGAUAGAAGAGUCGCGGGCUGCUUCUACUCCCAGCAUCGCGUUCUUGAAAGUUACUGCGGGUGAAGAGGGAACGGUAGCUGCGUUUGCCAAAUGGUGGUAUCCUGUCCCAGAGGGGAUGACCUCAGAUGGUGAGAAAAAUCAAACCAAGACUGUUUGGCCCCCAAGCUCGGAUGCCGAUCUCUGUGAGCGAUUCUUUGGUUUGAUGAACAGCGAGAAGAAGAGGGUCAUGGGGGGGAGAAAGGAGGGGUAUUUCUGUGAGUUGUCCUUUUUCUUAUUGUAGUAUGACCUGCAUCAUGCUAAUCGCUCAGACCUCGACAUGCUGGGCACUCUCCCCCAGUUCAACGGCCGGGGCAUCGGAUCGAGGUUACUGCGUUGGGGACUGGACCGGGCAGAUGAGAAAGGCGUGCCGACUUUCUUGGCCUCCACGCCUGCGGGACGGCCCCUGUAUGAGAAGUAUGGGUUCGAGGCGGUGGAAGAGUACGAGGUGAUUCCGGGAUAUUUCCAGGCGU